AUGUCGUGUCAAGUCGAAACAAUUGCAGAUUGUGGAGAUAUAUCUAGCAUAGGAAGAUCUUUGUUUAUAUCAGACAACGAAGAUGCGAAUUGGUUGCCUGAUUGUGCUAUAUCACUGUCAUCGUGCGGUAAUUUAUUGGCAGUUGGCUACAAAAGUCGUCUUUGUUUGUUAGCUAACCAAUGGAUCAGUUCAACUGACAGUAACACCUUUCUGAUAUCAUGGAGCGGCACAUUGCCAUCAGAUAUUACAGUAGUUUUAACUUUACCCAUAUGUCCGUCACAGCAGUCUUCUCAGAACGGGCCUGAUUGGUUCUGCAUUAUUGUUGGAUUUAAAAAUGGCAAUGUGGGUUUCUACACGAAUACCGGCCACUUGCUGUUGCUUGAAAAACUGGAUGACAAACCUGUGAUGAAAAUAUCUUGCCAUACAGGAACGUAUGGGACUUUGCCAGAUGAUGUACAUAUACUGUUCCAAACUUGUGAAUGUAUUAUCUCAGGGUCAAGCUUAUUUCAGGUGCUCAGAAGUGCUAAGGCCCAGUUAGCAAAAGUGCGUGCUGGUAUGCAAGAUGACUACACAGUGGACAGCCGAAAUAUCAGUAUACGAAAGUGGAUAUUUACUGACCAGGAGGUUAUAAAUGAUGGUGCCGUUGUGGGGCUUGAUUUAAAAAAUACAUAUGACCAUCUUUUAGCUGCGUCUACAUAUGGAGGAUACGAAGUAUGGUACCGAUCAGUUCCGCCAAUUAAUACCCUUAUUCUUGGAACUGGCGCUAAACCUUAUGUUGGUUUCCAUUAUGCUCUCGAAGGUGGAACAGCGCCACCAUUACAGGACGUUGCAAGAGCAGUGGCAAAUAAAAUUAAAUCAGCUCUUCCUGGAUGGCUUGGAGGUGGGAAUACUGAGAAUACUAACCCGGCAACUGAUCCUCUAGUCCGUGCCGAGAAUUUAUCGAUGCGUAACGGCCUAUAUGAUGCACAGCGUUACGGCAACGUAGUUGCCAUCUCACCUGACCGUCGUCUUGCCGCCAUAGUUGACAACUUCGGUCGUGUCGCUGUUCUUGACGUUUUACGGGGACAUUUGAUCAGACUCUUCAAGGGUUACAGAGAUGCUCAGUGUGCAUUUGUUCAGAUAUUUGAUGUAAAUGACAAAAAACCACAACUCUCAGUUGUAAAAGAAUUCAAGCGAGCAAUAUUCUUGAUUAUAUAUAACCCUAAAAAAGGUCUUAUAGAUAUUAGAUUAAUGCAAAAAGGAAACAGAGUGGCUGCAUUUACCGCAACCAAAAACGGCCUCCUUUUAUACAAUACCUGCGGUGUGGUUGGAGUAGAAAAAAACUACUCGUACAAAAAGCUUAAUUUACCUGAAUUUCAAUGCGUCUUAAUUGAUCCCGAUGGUAAACUGAAAAGAUUUACCAUUCCGUUCUUUUAUGCUUUAGAGGGUGAACACUCUCAACGAUCAAAGGAUUUGCAUAUACUUCGAGAUUUGAGAGAACAUCUUAAAAAAUCACCUACUUCAGAAACUUUUACAGAUCAUUUGUUAAAAAAAGCUUCAGAAUUGAAAACAUUGGAUCUCAAAAAGCAUUGCCUAGAUUUGUUGGUAAGAAAAUAUGAAGUCUCUCCAGCAAUAGUGAUGUCUUGUUUAGAUUUAUUUUGGGAUAGUAUUGAAGAUAACACGAAGCAAUCAGAAAAUCUUGGAAUCAAAAUGUAUUUCGCUCAAUUAGGUUUAAUAACAUUAUUCUUCAGAUAUAUCAGCGGUGAAUUCACUGAAGACAUGCAAAAGCUAAAAGGCAAGAUACACUCGUUUUUGGAUCCUUACUCAAAUUGUACAGAUAAUGAUAGCAUAUCGGCGACUGAAGAAAAUACUGGGCUACCUGCCGACUUUGAAACUUCAAGUGUAAAAACAGAUUUGCCUGAAAACAAUAUUGGUGAAAACUCGCAUGAAAUCUGUUUUGAACUUCUUGAAGACGAUAAUUGCAUUUUAGAAAGAUUGUUGACUUUAGCACAAGAAAGUAGUUACAAAGAAUAUCACCGAGCUAGAGUUACGUUUGCUGAAAAUGAUAAUAGUAUUUACAAAGAAUUUGUGUCAUGUUUUAAGAUGGAUGAACAAAACAAGCAUAUGUCCUUAAAAAGCGAUGUUGUAACAGAAAAAAUUAGUAACUUGGCAUGUGUAAUAUUUAAAUAUAUAUUUAAAAUGCCAGAUAUAUCAGUGUUAACGGCCUUCGUCAAAGAUUGUAAUAUGAACCCCAAGGAUAUUGUCAAACUGCUAAUUAUGCAACUUGUAAAUAUGCCUUUGGAAGAAAUAAAUAUUGACCUAAUCGAAAAGUUUAUAAAAGUUUUAUACUAUCUCUGCCGUGCCACUGAAGAAGCUACUUGUAUAGCUUACAACGAAACAUCGCUUUGGUGGCAAGGCAUACGUGAUAUAUUAGUGGAUAUGCCCUGCCCUUUAAGAAGUAUGAUAGUAGCAAUGGCAUGUAAAGCUGUGGGUAAAAUAUUUGAAACGAAAUGUCAAGAAAACGAGGAGGAUAUCUGGGAAUCUGUUACUAAAGAAAAUGCUAAGUGGGGGAUACUAAUCGGAAAGUUAGAGGAUAUAUCAAUACUUAGCAUAAUCUUAAUGUUUAAUGAACCCUUUUCUGGUAAUGCAUUAAUAAAAUUAAAGAUGACUGAAUUCAAUAUAAAUCUGAAGUACAUCUACACGAGAGGAAAAGGUUCUAUAACAGAAUUAAUUGCAAAAUGGCUAUGUGGCAUGGGGGUUGUUCCUGAAGCGGUAGUUACUAAUGAAUUGAUGGAGAAAUGUUCAAGCCUUAGUGUAGAUGCAUCCAUAUCCUCCGACGAGGACGAUGAUUACCUAUUCAUAGAAAAUAACCGUAAAUAUGUUGACGAAAAUCCAGAGAUAUUUAAAUGGCUCUCUUUGUUAAGACAACAGUUUCCGUUGAGUACUUCAGCUGAUUUUAUUAUUGCAAAUAUGUGUUGGGAAUACGCGAUGGCUUGGCAGAAAUCUAUGCAAAUUUGUGAAUACCUUAAUAUAGUUGUCAAGUGUUUAACUUGUAUAUCUGAUUUACAUAUAAGAUUGGGUUUAUUUUCUAUUAUAUGGUCCACCUAUAUCAAACAUAUUUUUGAAAUAAGCUGUCGUUUAGUGAAUAAAGUCGGCAGAUUACCUAAAGACCCUCUAUGUCUUCAAGACGCUGGUUUUGACAGUACAACUAUGAUCUGUUUUCUGAAAAAUACAACAGCAUAUUUAGACGCCUUUCUAAACUGCUCUUAUAUUUCGGUUGACCAGAAGAAACAAGAAAUUAACUAUGAGAAAAUUUGGGAUGAGAGUAAUCCUUCCCUGGUAGAGGUUGCACAAGACACUAAGAAUAUUGACCAAAAUAUCUUAAAUUUAAAUCUACAAUUAUCCUGUACUGUAUAUUACAUGUGUCAUUUUAAUGUGAAAAUGUCAAAACCUCUUGAUAGUCUUUACGACAUAGACUAUCACUAUAUAUUAGAAGCACUAGGAGGUAACGUUGUAAGCAGAGAAAUAAAUAUGAAACCAUCUGAUAAACUGAGAAAUCCAAGAAUGAAGUUUAUUACUAAGGUCGUAAGAGCAGCGGUCGAAACGAUCACUACAUCUGAAAGUGAUGUCUCUGACGUAACAUAUAACUGUGUAGAAUGUAAUAACUGGAUCGAAAAAAUCAUGCUUCUGUCAGAGCUGUGGAGCAUUGAUAACGAUUUUGUUAGCCGUCAGCAGUUAAUUACAUUGUACCACCUAGGAUAUGAUUUGGUGGCUGAAAAUAUUAUUUAUCUACUUGAAGAACCAGAUGUAGUACUGCCCCCUAUUUUGGCAAUUACAACACAGAGAUUCAAAAGAAGUUUGGAACAUUCGCCCAACCAACCUGAAUGGAUAGUUUCGCUGCCUCCGCAGCUUUUUACACGCAUUCGAAGCGCUGACCUCGAUUCGUCAAUACCUGCUCACCCAUCACUGGAGACUACAAAAACGGUUCUUCAAAAUCUGCUCUCCCGAAUGGACCAGAAGGCGAAAUAUAAUGAAAUGAACACUCAGAAUAUUAAACUAACCGAACUUUUUAUAGAAAGCUGUGAUGUACUAAUAAGACUUAAACUGUAA